UUCAGAGUUUAUAUUAGGACCUCCGCUCCACGAGCGUGAUGCACAAAUUGUCGGAACCACGUUCCAUCAGGUUUUUGGUGAUAUAGAGACCCCACAGUUAUCUACAGUUUAUUCCUAGUGAAUAAAUGAUGUUUACUAGCUGUCUGUGUUAUAUCUGAACAUGGGACAGCAUAGUAGAUAACUGGUACUCAGCCUUCACCAAUCCUAAGAUGUCUACACAUGAAAGGGAGAAGGAUCAGCAAGGACACUUGGAUGAUCAAGGAAACAUGGAAAUGGAGGAGAAAGAUCCAAGAACUUCAGGUCGUUUACAUGAGAAAACACAGAAAGGACAUGAACUAUAUUUAGAAAAUCUCAACAAGCAGAAAAGCAAGUUGGCUAAAUUAGAAAAAAGAAUUAAUUCUGACAUUCUUGAAUCCACUUCAACAUCCGAUUCAGCAGUUCUUGUUAAAGUGUGUGAUAGGAUUGAAGCUAAUUUGAAAAAUUAUGAGAAUACAUACCAUGAGUGUUGUGAAUAUUUGAAUAGACAGAACAAUGAAGAAAGUUUCAAAGAACUAGAUUUGAUGAACAAGUGUUUUACUCCAUUUCAUGACAAUGUUAUUCAGUGUUUACAAAAAUUGAAACCUUCACAAACAAGGAAGAAAACAGAUGAAGAGUCAACGUCAAGUAGAUUAAGCAUUAAAUCUCUUCAGAAAUUAGAAGAAGCUAAAACAAAGUUGAAAAUAACAGAGAGAGCUAUUGAAUUAAAGCGUCAAAAGUCCAAACUGAUCAUUGAAGAAAACUUGAAUGUUGCUAAAUACAAACAAGCACAAGAAGAUUUAGAAAAUGAGUUAGAAUUAUUGAAGUGUCAGGGAGAACUGGAGCUUGCAGAGUCGAAGGUAAAAUUUGAAAUGAUGGAAGAUGAAGGACAUGUAUGUGAUUUGGGGUUACCGAGGAUAAACAGUGUCGAUAAAUCCAGAGAGUAUGUAGAAAAAAUAACUUUGGGUCCGAAACAAGUAAAACCUGAAUCACAGAAAGAAGAACAAGACAGGUAUAUUGGACAAGCAUCUAAGCAUAUUGUAAACCAGCAACUACCAAGACAAGUUCCUGCUCCAGCAGUGCCGCACUUCGCACAGUCGUCGACUUCAACGCCGCAGCAUUCAAUUUCUCAACCUGUGAUGGCUAUGUAUCCUCCGAGACCUAUGCAAUAUCCUGGACAGGCAUACAUGCCACAAUUGAUGCAGCCGAGGUAUACACCUCAACCGUUACCACCUAGGUUCCCUCCUCAGGUUAUGCAACCUAGGUUUACACCAACUUCACAGUCAUACAGACCGCCUCCUAUAGCACAACCGCACUUGGAUUCUACGUUUACACCGCGGCAUCAAUAUCAACCUAUUUCGUCUAGUGUUAUUGACAGUGCGGUGACUAGUGAUACUAUUAACUGUUAUUUAUUGAAAAAAGACUUAGUUUCACAACGACUUAGAAGAUAUGAUGAUGACCCUUCCUCAUACAACGUAUGGAAAGGGACAUUCAAGACUAUUGUAUCUGAAGCCACCUUAAGUGAUUUAGAAGAAAUAGACUUGCUGUUACGAUGGCUCGGACCUGAAUCUACAGUUCAAGUAACCAGUAUAAGAAGAGCGAACCCAGAUGAUGCGAAAAUAGCUCUUCAGAAGAUAUGGGAGAGAUUGGAUGAACGUUAUGGAUCCCCCGAAUUGAUAGAAUCAAAACUGCGCAUUCAAGUACAGAAAUUUCCAGUGAUUACCUUACCAAAGGACAAAACACAGUUAUAUAACCUUGCAGAUCUAUUGGCAGAAAUAGAGUGUCAUAAAAACAAUGAUAGAUAUGCCAUGCUUUUGUCGUAUUAUGAUACCCCAAUUGGUGUCAAUCCAAUCGUGUGCAAGCUGCCUGAAAACUUACAAAACAAAUGGAGGGAUCGUGCUGUUAAAUAUAAGAUUCAAAACAUUGUUCCAUAUCCACCUUUCCAGGAGUUUGUAAAAUUCAUUCAUGAACUUAGCAUAUCUUUGAAUGACCCAAGCUUUUCAUUUGAAUCUUCAUCACCUGUAGGAAUGGAUAAACAAAGAUUCACCAGGAGACCAGCAACAGUAAUGUCAAGAAAAACUGAAGUACAGGAAGAAAAAGAAAAUAUCAGAAAAGAAAUGUGUUCUUUACAUCCACAUGCAAUUUCGCAUAAUCUUGAUGAAUGUCAACUCUUCAUGAGAAAACCUAUGGAAGAACGUCGCAGAUAUGUAGCAGAAAAUAAACUCUGUUUCCGUUGUUUACGUACAAAAUUUCAUAAUAAAAAACACUGCCGAGCUUACAUUAAGUGUAAAGAAUGUGGCAGCGGCAAUCAUGUGACUGCUAUGCAUAUAAAGCCUAGAAAUCAAGAUAUUCCUCAAUCGGUUCAAGGUGGGGAGAGUGAACCAUUCAUUGUUGAUUCAAAGUGUACUUCUAUAUGUGAUGGUUUCCAUGGACGCUCUUGUGCAAAAACAGUGUUAGUCCAAGUAUACCCAGAAAAUCACCCAGAAUUAUCUGUGACUGUGUAUGCAAUGUUAGAUGGACAUUGUAAUAGAACAUUAGCAACUACAGAGUUAAUGGACUCUCUUGGUGUGAAAGGAAACGAAUUAAUGUAUAAUUUAAUGUCAUGUUCUGGACAAGGACAAACUCUUGGUCGUCAAGCUCAUGGAUUUAUUGUACAGUCUCUUGACUCAUCGACAGUGUUGAAACUACCAACCCUCAUUGAAUGUCGAAGUAUUCCACAAGACGUCACAGAAAUUCCUACACCAGAGAUCGCAUAUCAUUAUCCGCACCUUCGUUCUAUUGCUUCGGAAAUUCCGAAAUAUGAUCCAAAUCAUCAAAUUGGACUUCUUAUUGGAAGAGAUUUAACAGACGCACAUUAUGUUUAUCAGCAGAUAACAGGACCAAAAAACCAUCCAUUUGCUCAGAAGACAUGUUUUGGUUGGGUCAUCAUUGGUGACGUCUGUUUGAAUGGUAAACACCUACCUGAAGUCAGUGUGAGGGAUCUCAGUGUAACAAGUUUCAAAACUAACAUUUUACCAAACGGUCGACCUACAAUAUUUCAACCAUGUGACAAAGACCUUCAAAUUCACAUCCAGUCAGUAGAUGGGGAGCUAGAUAUAUUCAGAAAACACAAAGAUGAUGAGGAAAUUGGCCUCUCGGUCGAAGAUCGUGAGUUUAUUCAUAUUAUGGAAAAUGAAAUGAAACUAGAAGAAGGAAACUGGACAGCUCCUCUGCCGUUCAAGAGGGAUAAGCUAGCAAUACCAAAUAACAAAGUUAUGGCCCUCAAGAGAGCUAUGGUUUUAGAUAGCAGUCUUUAUAAAAACUAUGAGAAAAGACAGCACUUUUUUACAUUCAUGGAAAAAGUUAUUCAGAGUGGCGCUGCAGAAAUUGCCCCAGAACUUAAAGUUGGACAAGAAGAGUGGUAUCUCCCAUUAUUCGGAGUUUACCAUCCUAAGAAACUAGACCAAAUACGUGGAGUCUUUGACUCAUCUGCAACGUACAAAGGAACAUCACUCAACAGUGUUCUACUUACAGGACCCAAUUUGACUAACAACUUAGUUGGUGUUCUGCUGCGUUUCCGAAAAGAUUCCAUUGCAAUAUCAGCAGAUAUUGAACAGAUGUUUUACUCAUUUCUUGUACGGGAAGACCACAGGGAUUAUUUACGCUUCAUGUGGUACCAGAACAAUGAUCCAAGUAAGCAUCUUGUGGAAUAUCGCAUGCGUGCACAUGUUUUUGGAAAUUGUCCAUCGCCGGCUGUGGCUACCUUUGGAUUACGCAAAAGUGUGGAGAAUUCCGAGCAAGAUAUCAAGGACUUUGUGAACAACAACUUCUAUGUAGAUGACGCCUUAACAUCUGUUCCAAAUGCUUCGCAAGCGAUCGACCUAUUGAAAAGAACUCGGACUGCGUUGAAAACCAAUGGUAACAUCAAUCUCCACAAAGUUGCAUCAAACAAUAAAGAAGUGAUGUUAGCUUUCUCCAAAGAAGACCUGAGUAAAGAAAUCAAACAACUGGAUUUAGAGAAAGACCUUCUUCCUGUACACCAUAGUCUGGGUCUAUUAUGGGAUUUGUCAACUGAUAGUUUCCUGUUUGAUGUCAACUUCCCAGAGAAACCAAACACUAGACGUGGCUACCUGUCUAUGUUGCACAGCAUAUAUGAUCCUAUGGGAUUCAUUGGACCACUCGUUAUUUGUGGAAAAAUCAUCCUUCGCGAAAUUACGACAAAAUGUGAUUGGGAUGACGAUGUCGAUAGUUCAUAUGUACAUCGAUGGGAAUCUUGGAAAAGAUCCAUUUCAUCACUUCAGAACAUUUCCAUUCCUCGAAUGUAUAUCACAAAAUCUUUGAGCCUUUGUGACCAUGUAGAGCUUUAUGUAUUUUGUGAUGCCUCCGAACAAGCAGUGUCAGCAGUGUCAUACAUCAAAGUUCCAGAUGAGAUAAGGAGUGAAGUAUCAUUUGUGUUUGGCAAAGUGAAAUUGGCACCUUUACAUGGACAUUCAAUGCCAAGAUUAGAACUUUGCGCUGCUCUUAUGGCAGUUGAAAUAGCAGAAACUGUUAAGAGACAUUUAAACAUUACAUUUCUCAACACAUGGUUCUAUUCCGACAGCAAGAUUGUGCUAGGUUACAUCAGUAAUCAUACCAAACGUUUUUACAACUACGUGGCCAAUCGUGUGGAACGCAUUUUACGAUCAUCUAGCCCUUCCCAGUGGAAUUAUGUAAAAUCUGAGGAAAACCCAGCUGAUGUAGGAACACGGGAAUUAAGUACAGCCGAAGACUUGAGCUGUAAGUGGCUUAAAGGACCUGAAUUUCUGCAUAUCAGCAAAGACCUUGUAAAAGAAUACUUUCCACUCGUGAACCCUCAUGAAGAUAAAGAAAUCCGCAUAAAUGCAAACAAGUUAGUGUUGAAGACCGCAGACCUCACAAAUCGUUUUGAGAGAUUUUCUACAUGGAAUUCCCUAAUAUCUGCAGUUACAGUGCUAAAAACAGCUGCUAGAAAAUGGAAGCAUAUGACAUUCGAUUCUUUAACCAUAAAACAAGAAAGUGAACUAUUUGUUGUGAAAGAAACACAGAAAACAUUUUUCUUAGAAGAACUCUUGUGUUUACAAGACCAGAAACCAUUACCUCGAGACAGCUCAAUAAGGAAUCUAUGCCCAUAUUUGGAUCAGGACGGUAUUAUGAGAAUAGGAGGCAGAUUAAACCUUAGUGUACUUCCAAUGGAGCAAAAGAACCCAAUUAUCCUUCCUAGGAAAUCACAUGUUGCAAAAUUGAUUGUGCUACAUUUCCAUGAAAAAACAGGUGCUCAUCAGGGAAGGCACAUUACAGAGGGUGUCAUAAGGAAUAACGGCUACUGGGUGAUCGGUGCAAGGAAACUGAUUUCAUCAGUGAUUCAUAAGUGUGUUGUGUGUAAAAGAUUACGUGGAAACUUGAUGUCUCAGAAAAUGGCAGAUUUACCAUCAUCUAGAGUAACUCCAGGACCUCCGUUUAGUGCUGUAGGUGUGGAUACCUUUGGCCCCUGGUCGAUUGUGACACGUAAAACCAGAGGAGGUGUUGCUGAAAGCAAGCGAUGGGCUAUUAUGUUUACGUGUCUGACGACAAGAGCUGUUCAUAUCGAGCUGGUGGAAUCCAUGUCAAGCUCAUCAUUCAUCAAUGCAUUACGAAGAUUUAUUGCCCUCCGUGGAAACGUUUGUGAACUGCGAUCUGACCGUGGGACAAAUUUCAUUGGAGCUACCGGAGAUCUUAACAUAGAUGUGAUACAAGGUCCAGUAAAGCACUUCUUAGACCAGUCAAAGAUAAAGUGGAUUUUUAACGCCCCUCACUCUUCCCACAUGGGAGGAGUGUGGGAAAGGAUGAUAGGGGUAACACGACGUAUCUUAGAUGCUCUACUAUUAGGACCAAAGGGAAAGAAUCUCACUCAUGAGGUUCUUAGUACAUUGAUGGCCGAAGUCACGGCAAUCAUGAACUCUAGACCGAUUACUAUGAUAUCAAGCGAUCCAGAUAUGCCUUUUGUGUUGAGCCCUGCAAUACUAUUGAAUCAGAAAAUAUCCGGACAUUUCUCUACCUGUGUGAAUGUUAGCAUUCGUGACCUGUAUAAAGAACAGUGGAAACAAGUACAAGUACUUUCCGAUUUCUUCUGGAAGCAGUGGAAUGAUCAAUAUCUUCAUACCUUACAGUCUCGCCGUAAAUGGACCACUGAAACACCAAACCUUAAACCUGGGGAUGUUGUGAUCGUUAGAGAUAAAGAUAUAGCGCGAUGCCAGUGGCCUGUGGGACUUGUGGAGGAAGUUAUCCAAAGUGCUGAUGAACUUGUGCGAAAAGUCUGCGUACGCCUUAUUGUGAAUGGGAAACCAUGUACUUAUAUGAGACCUAUCAGUGAACUAAUUCGCCUCAUUGAAUAGAUGUUUAUUGUUGAACAUUUACCGUACUCUCAUAUUCAGUGUUAAUAUGACAUUGUGAAGAACAAUUGAAUAGGCAUAAAAUGAUCAAUGUUAUGACAAUCAUUCAUUUUCACAUUUUAUGGUGAUGUUAUCCUGGUCACUGCACCAUUUGAUUUUGGCUGAAAAUUGAUCACAUAUAUUUUCUAUGUAAAUUGUAUUAUUUGUCUUGUCUUAAAUUGUUACAAUUUUUGAUAUAAAGGGUAAUAUUGUGACAAUAUUAGGUGGGGAGUGUUCUGGAAUCAUUCCGGAAUUGUUUAUUAUGUUCAGUUAUAAUCCGGAUUUAUAUAUACAUAACCGGUUCAGAGUUUAUAUUAGGACCUCCGCUCCACGAGCGCGAUGCACAAAUUGUCGGAACCACGUUCCAUCAGGUUUUUGGUGAUAUAGAGACCCCACAGUGUAUGUAUUUUUUGUAUUUUUUAUAUAACAUAUAGAGUUAUGAACGGUAUAUUUCUUUCUUAUGCACUUUGACUUGUAUAAAUUCCAUUAAGGUAUAUUUUACUAUUUGAAUGGGCUAUGUGUACUUCGUGCAGUAAACAAACAUGUUUUUCAUAUCUACGAUAUGUAUUUGAGCCUUUACUAGAUUUAAUGUCAGUUAAUUUAUAUGAAGUUCAGUGCAUACUUGUUUACUUUCAUGCUUACGGGUUUAUAUAUAUUGUGACAAGAAAAUGAAUAGAGUUAAAUAGAUAGACCUUUUUACAGAUGUGUAACGGUCUCCCCAACCUAUAUUAUGUAAUGACAAGUUCAUGCAAUUGUGUAAUAAGUGAUUUUGUUUAUAUUGUAGUAUCUACAGUUUAUUCCUAGUGAAUAAAUGAUGUUUACUAGC